CCCCAAGCCCUCUCUAUAUAGGGACCAAUACCAGGGGAUAUAUUAAAGCUACGUGUCUCUUGCAAGAGGACAAAUACAGAGGCAGAGGAAGAGGGAACUUCUUACAGGGGCAGUAGUAGCAGUGUGUACACGCAUCUAUGUGUAUAUAUACAUAUGUAUAUAUACACUAUAUAUAUAUAUAUAUACAUUCGCACGAAAAGAGAGGCAUAGCUAGAUGUACGUACAUAAAUAAAUAAAUAAAUAAAAUAGGCAGAGAUAGCAACAGACGAAAAAAGCAGCAACAAUUUUUCCAAAGUUCUUCACCGUUUCACGUUUUAUAUGUUAAUCCCAUUUUUUUUCACCAGUCAUGACUACCAAGCAACCAUCAACACCCAUCACACAGCAACCAAGAAGCACAUCAAAGUUAUCCCUUGCUUCCAAACUAAUGACCAGUAAUCACAUUGACCACGAGAUCUGCGAAAGAGCCUGGUCAUCUGGUCUCUGUGACUGUCAGGAUGAUGAAAAACACAACUGUCUCUCGUCAUUGUGCUGUUGGCCUUUCUUUAAAUACACUUUGGCUAUGCGUAUCGGUGAAUCUCCAUUUGUGUCUCUCAUUCCUUGUGCUGUGUUUGCUCUGCGAGUAAAACUGAGGACAGUCCUAAGUAUAAAGGGAUCAAUAAUUGAUGACUUUUUUGCUGCCUUGUGCUGUGAGCCGUGCGCUGUGUGUCAAAUGUCCAGAGAACUGGACAAUGCCGGACUUUAAACAAUACAAAACAUUUCGUUCUCGUCUUUUGUUAUUUUUCUUCCCAACAAACAAAAUCAUAUUUCUCACAAA